AUGGAAAGUGUAGAGAAUGCCGGUCACGUUCAUGAGGCAGCAGGCGCUUCCUUCUCCGCUGAAGGCAGGUGGACCAACCCGUUGCUUUCGGAGGGAGUUGUGAGCGACGCUCCUCCGUCAGCUGCGGCGUUGGGAGAGAUGCCCGGAGAUAGGGGCGACUCUGCAGAUUCUCCCACUUGUGGCGCCCCUGCGGCUGGACGCAAACAUGGGAAUGCGGUAGGUGAAGCUGGAGAUGACGCGUGUGCACGCGGUGAACAAGGCAUGCGGAGAGGCAAAAAGAAUAAUGCGCAAGGGAGUGUUUCAUUCUCGACAGCACUCCACGCUGAAAAGGGCGAAAAUGAUGAAGAUGCACGAAUCUCCUGCCCCGUCGACCCCCGCCACGAAAUUUACUUACGGAGAGUUUCUGCGCACGUGAAAAAAUGCACAAAAAUUCGGGAUCUGGCGUUUGCUCACCUGCUGCCGUUCGUCCUCCCUGGAUGUAACUGCGGAAAGAAGGCGGGAGAGCACGGGGAGAUGGAGGCUGGGGACAAUGAGGGCGGACCAGAGGCCUCCCCUACGCCGGCUGCCGGGCGGGGAAGGGAUGAAAAACAUGUGGAAGGCAAGGUAGAAAGCUCGGACUCAUCCGGCAGGCUACAGACGAGUGAUGCACAGGAAAUCCAACCUGAAUCCUCUCCGGCAGCCGUGCAUUCUUCUGCGUUGCGUUCUACGCUGUCCCCGAAGGGCAUUGAGGAGCUCGAACAGAGAGUUUUGCGGGCAGUGAAACAAUGCUGUGAAGAGCUGCAUCUGUCGCUCGCCGAACUCGUGCCGCACGUCGGUUCGCUCGGUGGUGCCGCGGGCAAACAGCGGCCGGUGGAAAGCACAGAAGUGGACGUGGAGAGAUGCGUUAAAGAGGAUGGCUGCAACCCGGCAGCGGAGCUUCUUCGGGCCUCUACGAGGCCGUGCCCGGGGCGCUCACGCGGUCGACCCUGUUCCCAUGCAGAGCUAACAGGACACGAAGCAGCAACCUGUCCUUCGCACAUGGAAGAGACGAAGGGGCGAGAGGACGUUUGUGAAGAAGAGAGGCGGGCCGCGGUUCUCAUCAACUGCAUAGCGCGUGCCAGCAAGGUAGCCGCUCAGCACCGUCAGCGCCAGAAGCACCGCGCCGGUAGAGAGGUGGCUUCAGCGCAUGGAGGCGACAUCUCGUCCGAAGACGUGUUCGCCUUGGCCGCGUCGCCGCAUGGGCUCCAGGGAAUCUCGCCUGUUGAGUGGCUCGAAAAGGCCGUAGCCCUUAUGGACAAACACGAUGAACAGAAUGCGCAGCUUGUCUCCGCCUGCGCCCUCGCCGGUUUCCUGCCUACGAGCCCAGACGCUCUAGACGGGCUUCUCGUCGUCGAACUUGGGGCGGGAAAGGCUGCGCUGACCCGGUGGCUCGCUACCUGGGCGGCGGCGGCUUUUGCAGAAGCGACGUCGCAAAGGAUGGAGGGGGGGCAGAAAAUACUAGACGAAAAAUCGAAGGCACUGCCUGGCCAAGACAGCAGUGAAAACACCACUGGUGGAUACGCCUCGAGAGACGCUCAACAAGAAGCGCUACAACAGACAGCACCAGACACAUCCGGAGGGAAUAGAGCUGGUGUUCGGUUCGUAGUCGUCGAGCGUGAGGCACGAAGGAAUGCAAAGGAGAUGAAGGAUGAAGAGAUGCAGUCGAUGAGCGCGAAGCGGGUCCGAAGUGAGAAUUAUUUCAAAAAAAAGGCAGACGCUACAGAUCGUCCAUCCACAUCGACAAAUUCACCACCUGAAGGCGCUGGAAAACAAGAGGAUGAUCGUGCUGGCUACGUGACCCCCCGCCUUGUGCGACACGUGGUGCGCCUGCGGAUUGACAUCUCAGACUUUGACCUACGAGCACUACUUCGGUAUAUGAAUUUCGGAGACUCCCACCUUUUGAGGCAGCCCCAUAUUCCUCCUUUUUUCGACCUGCUGCGCCAACAUAAUUGUCGUGUCUUUCCACGACGUCCCUCUGCCCUUCCGGUGCCUGCUAGAUCGGGCCAGGCCCAGCUAGAAGCAGAGGCUGUGCCAGAGCUCCGGUGCAACGGAGGCAGGGAGCCGGCGAGGAGCGAGGUUGCAGUGGCCUCUGAGGAGGGCAAACCGAAGGACAGUCCGGACUCGAAAAGGCCGAGGAGAGCAGAAGCUGACGACACUGUUGCUGCUCAAGAAAAAAAGUUUCAAGAACAAGAGAACGAGCCUUCACUGGAUGCGUACUGGGAGCUGACGAAGCAGCUGGGCUGCAAGGGCGGCGCCGAUAUGAAAGAAACGGAGGCCUGCUUGCAAAACCACUUCUUGGACAAGCGCGCGACUAGAGUCCUCGGGGUGGCCAAGCACCUUUGCGGUGGUGGUACUGACGUCGCUCUGCGGUGUUUCGUGCGAUGCCGGAAGGCCUUUACCGAGGUGGACUUCACGUUUGGGGUGCCGUCCCACGCCGAAAAGACUGCGGAUCGAGAUGGUACUGAGCCUGGACCGGGAACUGCCGGUGUCCCAUUGGGUGUUUCCCUUUGUCUCUGCAUUGCGCCGUGCUGUCACCACAGGUGCGACGAUGAGUCUUUCGUCGGAGGAGACACUUUGAGAAGACUGGGCUUCGUGAACGAGGAAUUCCCGCGCCUCGCUGCGGCAACAGGGUGGGCUACAGGAGCCACAGGUGACAAGCAACGCGUUGGACGUCUCAUCAAACGACUCUUCGAUCUUUGCCGGAGUUGCGCAGCGCGUUCUGUAGGAGAUGGCCACUUGCUUCCGUCUCCCGAGGUGCUCUGCCGUAUAUCGCCGCCACGAGAGGAGUCCGCUUCGAUUGCACUAGCGUUUGCGGAGAGUUCAAGAGGGAGAGGCGAACGAGCCUGUCAACCAUCAGGCACCAUACUGACCUACGAUGGAAGCAAUGAUGGCCAAGGUGUACGUAUCACCGGGUCACACUCGCUAGCAGCGCUGCGUUCUUCCUCAUCUGCUUCAGCUUCGAAACUCGCUUCGUCUACUGGAUCUCAGUGGAUCCUCGGCCUCAGGGGAGGUUUCAACCUCCAAGUGAAGACGAUGAGUGGGAAGACAGUCGUACUAGAUAACGUGAAUGCCUCCGACUCGAUCCUGGAUAUAAAACGCCGUGUAGAGCAACGAGAAGGUAUCCCGGUGGACCAGCAGCGUCUGGUGUUCAACGGAAAGCAACUGGAGAACGGCAAAACAGUGCAGGACUACGACCUGUCAGAGAAUUCAGUCCUGCACCUCGUCCUCAGGCUUCGUGGUGGCGGGAAUGCAAAGGACGCGGCGGUGAACAACUAG